AUGCAAAAACUGUCUGUCAGAGAUCCUUAUCCGUUUCCAAAAUUGCAGAAUGACAGAGACUUUUGUGGUGUGAAGCCGCGACAGUUCCAGCAUCAGGAAUUACUUCCCACACACCUAGCACAGCAAGAAGAUCCUUGGAGCCGCCUGAAUUCGAAGCAUACCCUGAGUAGCUCCCGUCAUGAAACAUACCAUUUCGAUCCUCAAGCUCCCGAAGAUUUCUUGGAUUUUGUCAUCAAGUCCAAAUAUAAUCAUCAUGAAGAGUUCCUGAAAAACAGAAAUGAAGUUUUAUUUCAGAAGGAGACUUUUGAUGCAGAUCAUGCUGGACGCAAACUGAAGAACCGGGUCGUCAUUGUGCCUCAAGUUCCACCAUCAUUGAAUCAUCCUCUGGUCAUGACAGAGCAGGAAAGACACAUCAGUGGACACAGUAUUAAAACUGCUAUCGAAAGUCAUCAUUCCCAAACCACAAAUAAAGGCUACACUCGGAAACCAGAUGGUGGAUUCUUCACAUCAUGA